AAUAAUCAGUGCUGUGGGCGGGGUGGCCAGCGGCAGACAAAGGAGGAAGUGACGCCAUCACGCUGCGCUCUUAAAGCGAACGUCGGUGUUCGGGAAGGCGGAACCCAAACAGUCAAGUCUCUGUUUCUGGAGGAACUUUGAGAGUUUCAUCUGAGAGGCGGAAAUGGUCUCCACGAUCCAGAACACCGACGUGAAGCAGAAGGAUGCUGAUCACGCAGUGGUUGUCGCGGUGACGUCUCGUGCAGUCUUUGGAUCUGGAGCUGAUGAUGGCGAGGACGUGUACGGAGUGGGCGUGGCUUUCCCGCUGCUGCAGGCCCUGCAGAGGGUGAACGAACGUCUUCUGGAGGAAAAUCCUGCUGAGUCGCUGCUGUUUGAUGUCGUCCUGAUCACCACGGACAGCCAGCAGCAGCAGCUGAGCGCCCGCAUCAUCAGCAGCACCAGACACCACGGUCUCGAGGUGAGCAGGUUCUGUUUUUCCAACGAGGAGGAUUUCGUUGAGAGUUUACUGAAAAGUAACGUGCAGCUGUUCCUGACGACCGACAGAAACGAGGCGCUGCAGUCAUCGCAGAAAGGUGUCCUCUCAGCACUGCUGGACCAGCAGGCAGCUUUCUGUCCAUCGGAGCAGCUCAGAGUGAUGUUCUGUGGGGACGCCGUCUCCCGGGAGGACGCGGGCCCAGUGUCGGCGAGCCGACAAGCCGCCCAGAGUUUCUCGGCUCAGCUUGGCGAGAUGCGCCAGAGGUUCGGUCUGUUCGACAGCCCGCUAAACAUCAUCUUGAUGACAUCGCAUGGCGGCAGGGAAAGCUGUGGCGGCGCCUUGCGGACGCUGCGGUCUCGUGGAGUCGGUGUGGAUGAGGCGUACAGCCUGGCCGGGGCCCCACGGGGUCCCAUCCUGUCCCUGCUCCGUCCUCACUUCCUGCUCAGCGACGGCCUCGUCGGCCUGGAGGAGUGAUGUCAUCGUGACAGGAUGUGGUGUCACAUGGCCUCACGAAAACCUUGACUCUGUCUUUGAAACAAGCUGCCAAAUCCUCAAGCUGAGCUGAAAGCUCACUGAGCCUGGAAGAGCCAAUCAGACGUCCUGAUGCAAAGCUGAGCGAAAAACAAAGUAUCUCAGAGUUUCUGUUGUCGAUUUAUUCACCUUUUGCUUCAUCGUCCGUCGCUUUGUGUUCGCUCGCAGGCGUGUUGUCCAUCAGAUAUUUAACCCCCUCAUGUCCACUGGAUGAGCUUCCAAUGUAAAACAGAAGCGUUUGUCAGAAAGCAGCUUGUGUCCGAUCGAUGUGCUCACGAGUACUUUGUUUCUGCAUCUGACUUUCAGAAACUCCGUGUGCUUGUGAGAUAUUAUGGAGGUCAAAACACAAAGUCAAAGGACGACUUUUAAUAAAAAAAAAAAGGGGAGAAACCA